AUUACUGGGUAACACGGUCCUAUAAUCUGCACGGUAGCUCUGGGCGCGCAGAGCCAUCUCCCAGCAGAGGAAAUCGGCAAGUUGCGCCUGCUUUCCCCAGCACAGACUAGAGCAGCCAGUGUUUGGGGGCAUAGUGGGGAGAAGCAGCCAGCGCCGUUGCCCCAGUGAGUCUGGCAGAGAUGGACCCUGCAGAGAUCCCCAUCCAGACAGAGCUGGUGGAGCUGGUGCCCAAUGGGAAAUAUGCUGUGAAUGCCUCGGCCAUCCCCUUGGUGGGGAAUACCAGGUUUGAAGAGCCCCAGCCCACCGUGGCGGAGAUGGAGGAGUUCCUGCCCCAGGGCCCUGACAAGAAGCAGACCCACUUCACAGAUUUCGAAGGGAAGACCUCCUUUGGCAUGUCCGUGUUCAACCUCAGCAAUGCCAUCAUGGGCAGCGGCAUCCUGGGGCUGGCCUACGCCAUGGCCAACACCGGCAUCCUCCUCUUCCUCUUCCUCCUGACCACAGUGGCCUUGCUGUCCAGCUACUCCAUCCACCUGCUGCUGAAGUCCUCCGGGAUUGUGGGGAUCCGUGCCUAUGAGCAGCUGGGCUACCGGGCCUUUGGCACACCGGGGAAGCUGGCCGCGGCCAUCGCCAUCACGCUGCAGAACAUUGGAGCCAUGUCCAGCUACCUGUACAUCGUGAAGUCUGAGGUGCCGCUGGUGAUCCAGACCUUCCUCAACCUGGAGGAGAAGAGCACGGACUGGUAUCUGAACGGGAACUACCUGGUGAUCCUCAUCUCCCUCACCAUCAUCCUGCCCCUGGCCCUGAUGAAGCAGCUCGGCUACCUGGGCUACACCAGCGGGUUCUCCCUCAGCUGCAUGGUCUUCUUCCUCAUCUCGGUCAUCUACAAGAAGUUCCAGAUCCCCUGCCCCCUCCCUGAGCAGGACAGCAACAGCACAAGCAACCUCAGCGACGCCCAGGGCAGCACCAGCGACUACCAGAACGGCUACCCGGUCCUCCAGCCAGCUGCUGCUGCGGCUGCCUGCUCCGCCAGCCUCUUCACACUCAACUCCCAGACAGCCUACACCAUCCCCAUCAUGGCGUUUGCCUUCGUGUGCCACCCCGAGGUGCUGCCUAUCUACACGGAGCUGAAGGACCCCUCCAAGAAGAAGAUGCAGGGCAUCUCGAACAUCUCCAUUGCUGUCAUGUAUGUCAUGUACUUCCUGGCCGCCCUCUUCGGCUACCUCACGUUCUACGGCCAGGUGGAGUCGGAGCUGCUGCACACCUACAGCUACGUGGACCCCUUCGACGUGCUGAUCCUGUGCGUGCGCGUGGCAGUGCUGAUCGCCGUGACGCUGACUGUGCCCAUCGUCCUCUUCCCGGUGCGCCGCGCCAUCCAGCAGAUGCUCUUUCAAGGCAAGGACUUCAGCUGGGUCCGUCACACAGCUAUCGCUGUGGUCCUGCUGAUCACCAUCAACCUGCUGGUCAUCUUCGCCCCCUCCAUCCUCGGCAUCUUCGGCCUGAUUGGUGCCACAUCAGCCCCCUGCCUCAUCUUCAUCUUCCCAGCCAUCUUCUACAUCCGCAUCGUGCCCAAAGACAAGGAGCCCCCGAAGUCCACCCCCAAGAUCCUGGCUGCCGGCUUCGCGGGCCUUGGCGUGCUCUUCAUGGUCAUGAGUCUCAGCUUCAUCAUCAGCGACUGGGCGAUGGGCGGCGCCAAGAGUGGGGGCAGCCACUAGAGGGCAGCAGGAAGUGCCCUCCCGCCCCCACCCCACACCCUGGGAGAUGGGGCUGUCUGAGCCAUGCUCCCCUGCCUCUGUCCUGCUGCUAGUACUGUCCAGCAACCCGGUCCUCAUUGCUGCCGAGCCAGGGACAUGCCCGGGGCCCUGCAGCACUACUGGGAUUUCCCCAGUGCAGGCGAGCAAGCCCUUAGCAGCCAAUGAAUGUAGCAUGGGGGGGGGGCGAGUAAUCCCCCAGCUGAGGGGUGGCCAUGGCUGUGGUGGGCCAGUCCGGCAGGGGAGCUUCGAGUGCCAGAAGGAGGAGAAGCAGGUCUAAUGACUGUAGCAUGGGAGUGGGCUCUAUUCCCUGCUCUGCCCUUGUCCGGCUAGGUGAGCUUGCCUCAGUUUUCCCAUCUGUAAAAUGGGGCUGCUACUUCCCUACCUCACUGGGGGGCUGGCUGUGAGACGGAGCAGCUCCAUGCACAUGUGGAGCAGCCAGAAGCCCACAGACAGCGGCUCCAGUGAGGGGGGCAGAGAAUUGUUCCAAGGGGGCAACAAACAGGAAGCGAGUGCUGCCAAGUGGGAAGUGACGCAGACCAAGAGCACGUCCUGUCAGGGAGCAGCUCAGCGACGAAAAAGAAACAAAAUGGGGUGGGGUGUAGUGCUGUCCCGCCCUGUGCCUCUGUUUCUUUUUCCCUGCUGGAGCACAGGGCCGGACGCCCUUCAGAACCCCCUUUUCUUGAGGGUCCCAUGCUCUGUGCAGUGGCUGCAGAGUUGUGCUAAGCCUGCAGCCAUGAUCUCACACCUGCCGAGGAGGGUGGCAUUUGGGGUGAACUGAGGGGCAGGGACACCCUGCACUAGGGGGAGCAGGGCCUCGGUGUGUCUCACCUUGGCCCAUGUGGGUGGAGGAUUCAAUACCAGCCCUAAUAUGCCCCCCCAGCUGCUAUUGCAAUGGGGGCCUUGCCCACUGCCUGGAGCAGCUCCCUGCCCCACAGCACUGAGAGACACGGCCCAACCAUCCCCUCCCUUCUCAGGAGGGCCCUCCCUGCUGGCUGGCAGAUGGUGCCCCCCUGAGAGUUGGCAGUGUAUGCUGGAAAUUGUGGCCCUGCCAUUGAGCCUAUAUAGAAACUAAACAAUCCCUAAAACUUGAUUUGCUGCUAAUCGAAAUAGUUUAGGAGAAUCUACAUUAAUUUAUAUUGUAUAUGUGUACACACACACAUGUUGUUAUUGUGUUACUGACCUUGCGGUUAGUGGUUUCCAUGGGAUGCCCAUCCUGUGCAGACUGUGUCAGAGCUGGGAGGGUCCAGUGAAAUCAUGUUUGGUUGGCUGCUGUCUUUAAUUUGGGAUGCUCCCUCUUUACUGCGUGUGGUGGGCAUGAGGAGCAUCAGUCCAUCAUGGGUCUCUCCUCUUGUCCUCCCACCCGGCCAGUUGGCUGGGGUGAAGCCAAACCUGGGGGGGCCGGCAGGUGCAUCAGUUUAAUAUCUUCUGCACCUCUUUGGACAGGUCUUCUCCACCUCUCUGACCUGCAGUCCCAUCAGACUUCAGCCCAAACCAAAGAUGGCUCCCAGCCCUCUCCACAUGCUAUGGUCAUGGGCCCCUCUCCCUCACGGUCUGGCUGGUUUAGGGGCAGGACAUGGGCAGAAGAAGCCACUGUGGAUGUGGCCUCCUCCCAGACCCAUGGCAGGAGCUGUUCUUGGGGUCUCGGAGUGGGGAGACCUGCAGAGCUCCCUAGCUAGCUGUAGGGGGAGUGGUCCCCAGGCAGUGAGGGGGUCUCCUGCCCUAACCGCGAGUGAGGGUUUGACUGCGAUAGCCCUAGUGCCACUGAUGGCUUUGAUUUCCCUAAAGGGAGAGCCUGUGUCACUCUGAGGUUUUCCUGUGUGAACCUGAGUAGUCCCGGCAACAGGGCCCUGGUUGUACGGACUGUUGCUGGGCUGGGCUGGAAAGUGAGCUGGUAGAGGCGCCUAGAUUGUAGUUAGAGGAAAAACCCCUGCAGAGUCACAGCUCGCCACCUGGCUAGUGAAGGGCUGGGCCUGUGUUCACACUGGGUCUUUCCCUCAAUCCUGGCCUAAGGGGGCAGGCUGCCUGAGCAUGUGAGGGUCACUCAUGGAGGGGUGAAGGCAGCAGCCCCAGCAGCGUUGUAUCUGUGUUGGCUGGGAGGGAACCCCAGUAGGGCUCCAGAAUGGGCACCCCACUGACGGGAGUUUCUGGAGGCUGAAGUUCAGCUAGGAGAACUGCAGCAGGUUUUUCUGGACUUCUCCAGGUGCCUGGGCUUCUCUGGCAAUGCACUUCGGACCUCUCCAGGGGUGGGGUACUUCCCCAAGGGCCUCUCCUGCAGUCCUGCCCCACCAAGUUGGCUCCCCCAGCCCUGAAGCCAGAGCUGAGGGGACAGCAGGGUGAACUAGCUGCCUUCUUGGGUAUACAGCCACAUGUAGGCUUGUGGGGCUGAUGCCGUGGGGCACAUAGGGUUCCCACAUAAGACCUCCCAGGACCCGGCUGCAGUGUCACUCCCUGGCUCGGCAGCCAGGGCACCCAUGGGUACUGGGGGCUGUUUGUGGCUGUUGUGACUCAGGGACGUCCCAAACCAAGCCACAUCCACUCCCUAGGGCUCGACAAGGGCUCUCUCCCAGGUCUGGCCAAGCAGAGGAGGGUCGCUGGGCUGGAGCGAGACACGUUCAUGUCCUUGGAGGGAGGCGGGGGGGACAGCCCUGCUGGCUGGGUUCAGACGAGGGCGAUCAGUGGGGAGGAAGGGUCAUGGUGGGUGUGUAUGUAACCCACACGCCUCCUGGGUGUUGUGCUCUGUCCUCUCUAGUGGUACCGAGACCACUUAGAGAUUAGUGAAUCUGCUACAGCCAUAGCUCGGAGGCAUGUGGCUUUUAGCUCGCACAGUAGAGGCUCAUAUGCUAAGCUCCAGAGGUCCCAGGUUCAAUCCCACCCACCGAUGCCCAGGGUUUUUCAGUGUUACAUGUACACGAGGUGGGGCAGAGCCGAUGGGGGAGCUGGCAAUGUGCUGGUGGGUUCCAUUCUGGAGGUCAGGGAACACCCUGGGCAGCAGAGGAAUGUGGGGCUUGCUCUUCCUAACUGAGAGAACCGGAGGCUCAGCCCACGGCUAGGUAGGACGCAGACACCAAGGUGACGGGCACCAAAUACCUAUGCAGUGUAAUGAGUCAUGGUCUAUGGGAUGCUGCUGCCCCCUGGUGCCCAGGGUCGUCAUUGCCUUCAGGCAGGCUCUAGCUCCCAGCAUGACAGGGUGGUACCUGUGUGUCACAUGCCCCUCGGUGAGCGGAGGGGGGUCUUGGGGUGACCCUGUGCCCUGGGAGAUACCUGCCCUGCAAGCUAAGGAGCGAUUGGAGAGCAGCCCAGGAGCCGGGAGCGCCCCACACGAGCUGGGGGAUAUGGGGCGAACAGACCAAUGUUGUGCAAUGGGGCGAUGCUGUGGAGUGCACUAAAGUAUUGGGAUGACAGAGGACAUGGGGGGUGAUGGUUGAGGGCAUCAGAAGGAACAGUGCCCCUCCCUCAUGUGCCCCAGAUAUUGGGGGGGGGGGAGGGCAGGCAUGUGUAGGGCACCUGGCCCAUGGCUGCCAGCAGGACGGCCCUUCUGCCCCAUGAGAGCAGCCCCUUCCCUCCCACUAAUGCAGGGCCAGCGGCAGACUUGUAGAGGGCGCUCUGCCCAUGCACUGUGGCCCCUACCCAGCGCCCACCGGGCACAAUGGAAAGAUGCUCGCAGAUGACAAGGGUGCAGGAUCAGGCCUGAAGCCGGUGCAUUAUGUGCCAUCACGCCCGCUUCCCAAGGGGCAAGCAGAGUGUAUCCCCCCGCGAUCCACCCCUGGGGAAGCAGGCCAGGAUGCAGAUCCACCCCCUGUGCUAAACCCACCCUGCAGCCCUGUGCUAACACUGUCUGACUUCCUGCCAGCCUGCAGCGCCCCCCAGCCGCCCGCCUGCCCACAUCACUCCUCAUGCCUCUGGGCGCCACAUACCCAGGAACCUCUGGGUCACACUGAAAAAUGAGCGGUCGCCUCACAGUCUCCGUUUGCUGCGUGACGGGCACCGUAUGAAUGGAGCGGGGGCGGGUGGGCCAGGGUAUUUUCGGCAGCACUGUGAUUGCAAGCGAAAUUAAGCAACCCACCGUUUCUUGGGGUUGACUAAGUGCAAAUGAAGUAACUCAGAGAUGUAUUUUUGUAUUGGGGGUGGAGGAAGCUGGACAACUUUGUGUCAAUACUGUAUAUAAGAGUAGGUGUUUCUAAGGCGUGCUGUGUUGCUCUCAGUAGCUCUGUAUAGUGUAUAUAUGCUACGUAGUCAAUGGAGAGGGAUCACUGUACCAGAUGACCUGUCAACGCCGCAGAGAACUGACCAUGAGAUCUGUCCAUUCAAUAGGCUGGCGGCCACUGCGACAGUGGCUACUAGGGGACGUCUCCAGAUGUCGUUGUGCUGGUGUUAAACCAUCUCCCCCAUGGGCUGUGGAUUAGGGCCCUCCUGAAGAGUGGGGAGGGCUAGACAGUCGCAAAGCUAAAGGAUGUUUUUAGUCAGCUUUAUAAGGGCCCGAUCCUGCGAGGUGCUGAGCACCAGCCCGGCAGGGGCAGGCGCUGCAAUCAGUGGGUGCUACUUGCUUCCCAGGAAGGGCUCAGCACCAGCACCACUCCAUAAGUGUGCCACAGUCUUGGUUACCUGGGGGCUCUGUGGUAUUGGAGAGCUCAAGUUGCUGUGCCUGGCUGGCACGGCAAGGGAGGUGUGGGGUGGCUUAUAACCACAACCGAGGCUCUCUGCUUCUCCCAGCUCGGCCGUGCUCAGUGGGUCAUUGCACCCCUGCCUUCCAUUAAGAGGUGGCAGGGCACGGGUCAGGUUAGCUGGGUGGCGGCAAGUUGGUAUGGCCGUCCCUCUCCAUUGCUCUGUCUAUGAGGCGGCUCAGCAGGCUGCAGCGUAAGGGGUCAAGCUGGUUUCAGUCUCACUUUGCAUUCGGGACCCUCCUGCGGGGGUCAGGCUGAGCCUCCUGUGCCAGCGCUGGCCUCCCAUGCUCUGUCCCUUCGCUGGCGCAUUCCCAGCCUGUGAAGGGGGAGUGAGGCGCUGGCCAAGGAGCCGUGGAGCGGUACCAUGUGAUAGGGCUUGAGGUUGAGGUUGGUUUUAAAUUAUAUGGUUAAAUUAGAUUUUUAUUUGGAAAGGAAACAAACAACCCUCCCCCCUUUUUAAAUAACAAUAAAGGAAAAGCAAAACCUC